AUGAUUGCAGUGACAUUUGUGCGCUCGGUGCCUACAACAGAAUUGCUACAGGCAAAGCCCGAGGCCAGCGAAGACUUUACAGGCAUUGCAGUUCUCGCCCUCGUGGCUUGCCUCGCUUACGCCAAAGACACCAAGAAAGCAAAUGAGAAGGACGAGAAGGACGUUGAGGGCCGUGGUGGUAUCCUAGGUGGCGUGGGCCUGGGUGGCGCCGGCUAUGGAACUGGAUACGGUGCUGGCGUAGCACCUGGACUCGUUGGCAGCGGGGGUGGCAUCGCCUAUGGAGCUGGGUACGGUGCUGGAGUAGCUCCUGGACUCGUUGGAAGCGGGGCUGGCACCAGCUAUGGAGCUGGAUACGGGGCUGGCGUAGCUCCUGCACUCGUUGGCAGUGGUGUUGGAGCUGCGGGUCUGGGAGGUGUCGGAAACCCUGGCGUUCUUGGAGCUGGCAUUGGUCAUGGUGCUGGUGUUGGAGCAGCUGGGUUGGGCGUUGUCGGAAACCCAGCCCUUGUAGGAUCUGGUGCAGGUCACGCAGCUGGCGUUGGAGCCCCGGGUGUCGGCAUUGUCGGAAACCCAGCCCUUGUAGGAGCCGGUGUAGGUCCCACAGUUGGCAUUGGUGCUCCGGGUCUCGGCGUUGUCGGUAACCCUGCUGCAGUUGGAGCAGGCGUCGGUCACGGUGUCGGUCUGGGACACGGCGUCGGUCUUGGACAAGGAGUAGGUGGUGACUUCCAGUCAGGAUAUGGCGCCACUGCUGGUGGCCACCAGUCUGGUUACCGAGGUGGAGCAGCCGGUCGCAACCAGGGAUCUGGUGCCUUCACUGGUGGCGUGUCCCGAAGCACCGUGAAUGCAUUCAAGAACAACGCGGGAUACAGCCACAUUUCUGGCUUCUCCGCAAGUCAUAGCAAGAACUUCGGUGCGGGCCACAAGCAGGGGUCUUCUGGGUUCAACAGUGGCGCCGCUGGUCACCAGGCUGGGUUCGGCAAGAGUGCGCACGGAGGUAGUGCUGGUGUCGGAGCGGUGGGCCUCGGCAUUUAUUAAUGAGCAUCAGAAGUUCCUGCCAUCUUCCGCGUUGAUCUUCAUUGACACAUUCUAAUCAGUCCGGUCAUGUGUUGUUUGACAAAAAUAAACUCGUUGGCAUCCUUCU